CUCGAUUGUUCGCAGUGAAGGGUCAUCGGAGCUGCCGUGGAUGAGUGCGAGGGGCCCCGGGCGGCUCGGUCGUACGUCCGGCUGGCGGGGGAGACGGAGCCGGAGUCAGCGUCCGGGCGUCGCCCGCGUGGCCCGCUGCCCGGGGAGGUGACCACAUGGACGCCGAUCUCGGGAGCGACUGCCCCAGCCCCAGCAAGCAGCCCCUUAUUGAAUCGACGAAGUCCGAGAGGCAGCCGGCACGGCCGCCUCGGCAGCAUCGCCAACCCUUGGGGCCUACCCUCGGCCCCCCCAGACUCCGUUCACGACCGCGGCAACAAUGUCGCGCAGCGCCGCCACUCGCCCACAGCAAGAGGCAGAAAGGCGAAUUCGCGCGAAUAAUCGCGAAUACAACUUGCAGUUUAACUAUGCGAACAAUUACAUCAAAACGUCCAAAUAUUCGGUUCUGACGUUCCUGCCACUAAAUUUAUUCGAGCAAUUUCAAAGGCUCGCCAACUUUUACUUCCUGUGCCUGUUGGUGCUCCAACUGAUUCCCGCGAUAUCCUCCUUGACCCCUGUCACCACAGCAAUACCCUUGAUCGGGGUACUCACGCUCACUGCCGUUAAAGAUGCCUAUGAUGACUUUCAACGACACAGCAGUGAUUCGCAAGUAAACAAUCGGAAAUCAUGGACUCUGCGAGGCACGAAGCUACGAGAGGAGAAAUGGUCCCAAGUCCAAGUUGGCGAUGUCAUAAGAAUGGAGAACGACCAGUUCGUCGCUGCGGACGUUCUUCUGCUCACAACAAGCGAACCAAAUGGCCUUUGCUACAUCGAGACAGCGGAGCUGGACGGAGAAACGAAUCUAAAGUGCCGCCAGUGCUUACAAGAAACUUCCGAGAUGACGGAUAAUCAUGAAUUGAUUGGGCAAUUCGAUGGUGAAAUCAUCUGCGAGACCCCCAACAAUUUGUUGAACAAAUUCGAUGGCAUUCUCACAUGGAAGGGUAAAAAAUACGUACUGGACAAUGACAAAAUUAUUCUACGUGGCUGCGUACUGCGUAAUACCCAAUGGUGUUACGGUAUCGUGAUCUUUGCUGGCAAGGACACGAAACUGAUGCAGAACUCGGGAAAGAGUAAAUUCAAGAGGACCUCGAUAGAUAGGCUGCUGAAUCUCUUAAUAAUCGGCAUAGUUCUAUUUUUACUAUCACUCUGUCUAUUCUGCAUGAUCGGCUGUGGCAUCUGGGAGAGUCUUGUCGGUCGCUACUUCCAGGUCUACCUGCCGUGGGAUUCGCUGGUGCCAAGUGAGCCGCUGGCCGGUGCCACGGUCAUAGCCCUCCUCGUAUUUUUUUCCUACGCCAUUGUACUCAACACCGUCGUGCCCAUCAGCCUCUACGUGAGCGUCGAGGUAAUUCGUUUCGUCCAGUCCUUCCUCAUCAAUUGGGACGAGGAGAUGUACCACGCGCCGACGAACACGCACGCCCGCGCCCGCACUACGACCCUCAACGAGGAGCUCGGGCAGAUACAAUACAUCUUCUCGGACAAAACGGGUACCCUCACCCAGAACAUCAUGACCUUCAACAAGUGCUCGGUCGCCGGUCAGUGCUACGGCGACGUCAUCGACGAAGUCACCGGCGAGGUCGUCGAUCUCAGCGAAGUUAGGACAGAUAAGGCCGUGCACACACCGACAAUGAAAUGGAAAAACGGACAGGAAUUUGUACGACCAGUAUAUACACCUCUUAGCGGUGCGAAUGUUCGUCUGCUGGAACAAGCCGACCGAAUAUCCAGUACAACACCCGAGCCGGGCAUCAAUGGCGGUGCUAAAGUUCCACUUAAACAUUCAACCGUCCCGUCACUGGACUUCUCAUUCAACAAAGACUACGAGCCGGAAUUCAAGUUCUACGACGCGAAUCUCCUCGACGCGGUGAAGCGCGACAACGAGAAUGUGCACAGCUUCUUUCGACUUCUGGCGCUCUGUCACACGGUGAUGGCAGAGGACAAGACCGGGCACCUGGAGUAUCAGGCCCAAUCACCUGACGAGGCGGCCCUCGUCUCCGCGGCCCGCAACUUCGGCUUCGUCUUCAAGGAGCGAUCCCCAAACAGCAUCACCAUCGACGUCAUGGGCAAACGCGAAAUCUACGAGCUCCUCUGCAUCCUCGACUUUAACAACGUGCGCAAGCGGAUGUCUGUGAUACUGAGGAAGGACGGGCAGCUGAAACUCUACUGUAAAGGCGCGGACAACGUUAUCUACGAGCGCGUUAAGAAGGGCAGCGAGGAGAUCAUGGCGAAGACGCAGGAGCAUCUGAAUAAAUUCGCCGGAGAGGGAUUACGUACGCUAUGUCUAUCGACCAAGGAUCUCGACGAAAGUUUUUUCAACGACUGGAAACAAAGGCAUCAAGAAGCAGCCCUCAGUCACGAGAAUAAGGACGACAAGCUCGACGCUAUUUACGAGGAGAUUGAGAAGGACAUGACAUUGUUAGGGGCAACAGCCAUAGAAGAUAAGCUUCAAGACGGCGUACCCCAAACCAUUGCUAAUCUCGGUCUCGCCGGCAUCAAACUUUGGGUUCUCACAGGCGACAAACAAGAAACGGCGAUCAACAUUGGUUACUCUUGUCAAUUGCUGACGGACGAUCUGACGGAUGUGUUCAUCGUGGAUGCAACGACGUACGAUGGCGUUGAAACGCAACUCAAACGGUAUCUAGAAACAAUAAAAGCGGCUUCGAAUCAACAGAAGAGGCCGACUCUCUCCAUCGUCACAUUCAGGUGGGACAAGGAAAGUAGUGAUACAGAGUACAACCCGAGCAGGGAAGAGGCUGACGAACACGAGGGAGACACGCAGGCGGGUUUUGCAGUGGUGAUCAAUGGUCACUCGUUGGUACAUGCGCUACAUCCACAGAUGGAGCAUCUCUUUUUGGACGUCUCCUGCCAAUGUAAAUCGGUAAUUUGCUGUCGAGUGACGCCUCUGCAAAAGGCAAUGGUGGUCGAGCUCGUGAAGAAGAGCAAGGAAGCCGUGACCUUGGCCAUUGGUGAUGGGGCCAAUGACGUAUCGAUGAUAAAAACUGCUCACAUCGGCGUCGGCAUCAGUGGACAGGAAGGACUUCAGGCCGUGUUGGCUUCCGAUUACUCGAUCGGGCAAUUCAGGUUCCUCGAAAGGUUGCUCAUGGUUCACGGCAGAUGGUCUUACUAUCGAAUGUCCAAGUUCCUCAGAUAUUUCUUUUACAAGAACUUUGCAUUCACUUUGUGUCACAUAUGGUUCGCUUUCUUUUGCGGAUUCAGUGCCCAGACCGUUUUCGAUCCCAUGUACAUCUCCGUCUACAAUUUGUUUUACACGUCACUGCCAGUCCUGGCAAUUGGCAUAUUCGACCAAGACGUAAACGACAAAAACAGCUUAAUGUAUCCAAAAUUGUAUACACCGGGUCAUCAGAAUUUACUGUUUAAUAAAAAAGAAUUCUGUUGGAGCGCCCUUCACGGAUUCUUUGCCAGUUGUGUACUGUUCUUGGUGCCCUAUGGGACCUACAAGGAUGGCGUUUCCCCGAAAGGCUACGUACUUUCGGAUCACAUGCUGCUGGGCAGUGUAGUGGCCACUAUAUUAGUCAUAGUCGUAACGGUUCAAAUAGCCCUCGAUACCUCAUACUGGACCAUCAUCAACCACUUUAUGGUGUGGGGAUCACUGAUUUGGUACUUUAUUCUAGACUACUUUUACAAUUUCGUCAUAGGAGGCAGCUACGUGGGUAGCCUUACGAUGGCAAUGUCCGAGGCGACGUUCUGGUUCACGGCCGUCAUAUCCUGCAUAAUGCUGGUAAUACCGGUGCUCUCGUGGCGCUUCUUCUUCAUCGACGUACGACCGACGCUGUCGGACCGGGUGCGACUGAAGCAGCGUCUCGCCCAGAUGCGCUCACGGCAAAGUCAGGAUAUACUGCGAACGCCCUCGACGAGGCGGACGCGUCGCUCGCUCCGCUCGGGCUACGCCUUCGCCCACCAAGAGGGCUUCGGCCGCCUCAUCACCUCCGGCAAAAUAAUGCGCAAGCUGCCCAACGGCUCGGACUUCAAGUUUGCCAUGCCCUUCGCCUCGAACAACGUGUCGAGGCAAGUGAGCGGCGCCGUCGCGACCUCGCCCAAGGACAACUCGUCGUCCAGGAGCUCGCACACGCCCGACACCAUAAACCUCUGAGGAACGAGUGCAUGUACGGACGAUGUUGCAAGCUCGUACCUUGUGUAUUAUUUUGUGAUACCGGAAGAAAUAUUGUCGACCUUACUUUUCUUUACGAUUAACGACGACUGCUCGUUUAUCGUUGUUAUCCUUAAAUUUAAACACCGGAGCUCGAGCCUCAAGCGAGCCACAAUUGACUAUAAUAAUAAGUACGUCGCUGUCGAUGGCAAACGGUGAACGUUCAGUUUAUUGUUCGGCUAGUGCAAAUAUUUGUACUUUCAUUUACUUUGUAACUUAAAACGAGAAAAGCACGCGUGAAGGAUGAUCGGUCGGGGACGCUCGAUGAGAUUUUGAUAACACGAUGGUGUUGCGUGUUUCGGGAUUUAUCGAAUAUUAACUUAUUACUGUUAUUACUGUUGAUUGGUUUUCUUUCUUUUUUCUUUU